AUGGACAAGAUCGAUCACCCAGAGUUGCAGGAGGAGGUGAACGGCCAUGGAGCGGCGGCGCCAAAGAAGGGGGGAGUUUUCAACACUCUGUAUCCUCCGGGGCCGAAGGGCGGUGCUGGUCCGCGGAUGAAGAACCAUUGCAGGAAGUUCUGGUGGUGUGAUCUCCUCCUCAUCGCUGCCAUUACCCUGAUAAUCGUGCUCCCAAUCAUAUAUGUUGCAAUUCCGAAGAAGGCUCAGCACGACCUCGAUGCAUCAACCCUAGACGUGACCGAGCAAGAUGUCACUUCGCCAACGACAGACGGGGUCCAUCUCAAGCUUGUUAGCGUGGCAAAGAGCGGCAGCAGCUUCCACCCAACCAUCGAGGGAUUCCAAGCUGGACUCUCCUUGCUGGAUCAGCCAGCAUUCAUCUACAUCAAUGUCCCGGAGACCAAAGCGGAGGCCGAGACCACGAUUACCGUCGACCAGGAUGUAGCUAUUGCCAACAUGGAUGCUUUCAAGGACUACAACAAAGUCGUCAUGGGAAGCGAAUCAUUUGAUGUGUAUAUGGACGGAAAGACCAAGAUCCAUCAGUCUGGGCUGCAGGCCAUUUCUGUCAACUACCACAAGAAAGUCACCAUGAAGGGCUUGAACAAACUCGCAGGCCUCAACAUCACUAACAUCAGGAUUCUCUCCGGCUCGGACGAGAUCCUCCCCGACGGCUCCAACAUGGUCGGCAACGUCAUCAUCCCCAAUCCCUCCGUCAUGACUAUCGAUCUCGGCAAUGUCACCAUGAACCUGGCCGUCGACGGAACAGCCAUUGGCACAUCUCUCCUCCCUAACCUCGUCCUCAAGCCCGGUGAGAACAAUGUCUCCAUGCAGAGCACGGUCGAGCAGCUCCAGGUCAUCGGUCUCAUCCAGACUAAGUACCAGAACGCUGUCAUCCCCCUUGAGAUUGUAGGCAACUCGAGUAUGAAAGGAGAUGAGCAUUUGGAAUACUACGAGGCGGCUAUUCAGAGCAAUACGAUUAAGUUGGAUUUGAAUAUCGGACCGGCGUUGCAGGCUAUCGGGAUCAAUACUACGGAUUUUGCUUAG